AUGUCUCGCGAGGCAGGUUCAUGUCGAGUGGGCACUGGGACAAGGGCACGGUCAAGAAAGCCCAAGAAGCCACACUACAUCCCACGACCCUGGGGCAAGCCCUAUAACUAUAAGUGCUUUCAGUGUCCCUUCACCUGCCUGGAGAAGUCCCAUCUCUACAACCACAUGAAGUACAGCCUCUGCAAGGACUCUCUCUCCCUGCUGUUAGACUCUCCCGACUGGGCAUGCCGUCGUGCGCCCCCCUCGCCCAGGCCUCGGGUGCCCAGCUGCUCUAUCGACUUCUCAGACCAAGGUAGCCAGCCUACUGUGCCAGAUCUCGUCACUGACAGCCUUUCCCAGCGUCGUUGUGGUAGGGGCCCCAAACCUACACCAGAGGAGUCCCCAGGGUCACUGCCCCCUCUGACUAGAGCCAUCCGGAAAGGUCCAGGCCCCAGUAACCUCUUGACAGAGUCGUGGAAGCCAGGACUCAGCGGUGGUCUGAUGAGUGGGGCUCUAGGGGCCAUAGCUUCAGCGGGUUCUGAGAGUAGUGUCCCCUGCUACCCACCUCCUGCCCAGGGAGAAUUCCCUGAGGCCCAGAGCCUCCACUUGUCAUUGCUGGGUGUCAACUACCCUCUCGGCCCAGGCCUCUUCUCCUAUCUGGGGCCCUCACUGGCCGCGGCUGCAGCCCACAUGCCCUUCCUGGCCUCAGCAAGUCCCUUGCUGCCCCCUGCAGCCUUCCCAACCCCACAGGCACCCGAGCGCCUAGGCCUGGCCCCCCGCCUGUACUACCCGCUGCUACUGGAGCACGCCCUGGGACAGUCAGCAGGCAGGACUGCCCCUACCAAGUCCUCUGUGUCCCUCAAGGGGCCUCCUGGGGCUCUGGCUGCUCCUGGGCUGCUGAAGGUGCCUGUGCCAGGGCUGGGGGCACCCUGGCCCCAUGGCACUUCCAGAGACCCAGGGCAUGAAGGAGAACUGGAGCGAGUGGCUCAGAGCAACCAGCAGAAGAGGCUGCCCCCGGGCAAUAUGCCUGAGCUCCCAAAGGCCCCCUUGAAACUGGCAAAAUUUGGCUGUCAGAGCAGCCUGACAACAGGGUCCUCCCUGACAUUCUGGCCCGAGGACAAGGAGCCGGGUAAUCCUGAGGCCCCAGGCCCUGAGGUCCACCUUCUGCAGCAGCCACAAGGCCAAGUGCUAGGAAGUCCGGGCCCAGUGGGAGAGGACCUGACCCAGGCUUUUGGCGACUACGCCAGGGUGGAGCAGUGCUUGGGGCAGCUGGUACCGUCUGGGGAUCUCGCCCCUAGACCUCUACGGGAGCAGCUUGGCAAGAUUCGCCGCGAGCUGUUCACCAUCCAUCAGGCUCUGGCCCGGGCAGCUCGGCCGCUGGACACACCCUUGGACCUCUCAGUGAAGCGGGUGCCUGCCAAGGGGACUCAGGCACCUGCAGAGUCCUGGGGACUGCCCGAGCCAAGCCCCAUGCUGGCAAGGGGGGCCUCUGAGCCCUCCAGGAUACUAGGUCCUGGACUCGAGCCCUUCUCUAGCCGCACCACCAAGUGCGAGGCUGACUCCAGCGUCCCGCCUCCUGCCCUCCCGCUCCAGGCCCCUGAGGACCAUGGAAUUCCUGGUAGUGGCUGGGGCAAUCGUCUUGGGGCUGGCAGCUCCCAGACCCCUAAAGAUACCCCAAGCUUGAAGAUCCUCCCAGGUACUGAGGUCUGUCCACAGCCACCUUAA